AUGGAAAAAACGCGCAAGUACCUCACUGUCCGCAUCAAUGGUGAGCCAGUACGCCUGCAAAUUGAUACCGCUUCUGACAUAACUUUGAUCUCAAAACGAACUUGCCACGCGCUCGGGAGACCCGCAUUCAAUCUGACCAACAGGAAAGCAUUCAACGUGUCUGGCGGACAAGUAUAUCUCAUUCGUGAGCUUGUGUGUGACGUUUCGUUCAAAGGCAUGAAGAUUGAAGGAACCUGUUACGUCACCAAUAGACCCUGUUUGAAUUUGAUGGGUCUCGACUGGAUUGAAAUGUUCGGUCUUCUAGAUGUACCUUUGAACAGCUUCUAUCAACGUGUAUCAACGUGCAUCUAA